AUGAACCCCAUGCACCCCGUAAAACCCGCCCUGCCCCCCACACCGCACGGUGAUGGUCCAUUUGCUUAUGAGCCGGUACCUUGGCAGCAGAGCGCCACUCAGCCAGCAGGGUCGCUGUCUGUCGUCACAACCGUGUGGGGCGUCGGCAACGCGGCACAGAGUCAGGUUUUGGGGAACCCCAUGGGCCCUGCAGGGAGCCCCCCCGGCAGCUCUGUAAUGCCUGGUGUGGCAGGUGGUGGCCCUGCCCUGAACUCCGCACAGUGCCUCGGACAGCAGGCGUUUGGCGAGGGCGCUGCCAACAAGGGCUUCGUGCAGCAAGGAGUGUAUGGCCGCGGGGGCUACCCAGGGGGCCCUGGCUUCACGGCUGGGUAUGCGGGCGGCCCGGGGGGGCCAGGGGGCCUGGGUCUGCCCUCACAUGCCACACGACCCUCCACCGAUUUUACUCAGGCGGCAGCAGCAGCUGCAGUGGCUGCUGCUGCGGCCACCGCCACGGCCACCGCCACAGCCACCGUGGCCGCCCUCCAGGAGAAGCAGAGCCAGGAGCUGAGCCAGUACGGAGCGAUGGGGGCUGGGCAGGCUUUUAACAGCCAGUUCCUGCAGCAUGGAGGUCCCCGGGGGCCCAGCGUCCCUGGCAGCAUGAACCCCACCAGCGUGGGAGGGCUGCUGGGCCCCUCUGGCAUGAACCCCAUGGGCAUGAACCCCACCCGGGCAGCAGGCAUGGCACCCCUCUAUGCAGGGCAGCGCCUGCCCCAGCACGGGUACCCUGGGCCUCCCCAGGCCCAGCCACUGCCCCGACAGGGGGUCAAGAGAGCCUACUCCAGCGAGGUUUAUCCAGGACAGCAGUACCUGCCAGGAAGCCAGUACGGACCCAGUGCCACCCAGUACACGUCUGGUGCCGGGCCGCCCCCUGCCCCGUCCUCCUACCCUGGGCACCGGCUGCCCCUGCAGCAGGGUGUGGGCCAGUCCCUGUCCGCCUCUGGCCCAGCAGGACUGCACUACAAGCCCACAGAGCAGUUCAACGGGCAGGGUGCCAACUUCAACGGGGGAAGCGUCAGCUACAGCCAGUCCGGCCUGAGUGGGCCCACCCGUUCCAUCCCUGGCUACCCCAGCUCCCCACUGCCUGGGAGCCCCACGCCACCCAUGACCCCCGGCAGCAGCGUCCCCUACAUGUCCACCAGCCAGGAGGUCAAAUCGCCCUUCCUGCCGGACCUCAAGCCCAGCGUGAGCUCCUUGCACCCAUCACCCCCCAGCAGCGGCCCGGGUGACGAGCUGCGGCUGACCUUCCCGGUGCGGGACGGGGUAGUGCUGGAGCCCUUCCGCCUGCAGCACAACCUGGCUGUGAGCAACCACGCGUUCCAGCUCCGGGACUCUGUCUACAAGACCUUGAUGCUGAGGCCAGACCUGGAGCUGCAGUUCAAGUGCUAUCACCAUGAGGACCGGCAGACCAACACCAACUGGCCGGCGUCGGUGCAGGUCAGCGUCAACGCCACCCCGCUCACCAUCGAGCGCGGCGACAACAAGACUUCCCACAAGCCGCUGUACCUGAAGCACGUGUGCCAGCCGGGCCGCAACACCAUCCAGAUCACGGUCACAGCCUGCUGCUGCUCCCACCUGUUCGUGCUGCAGCUGGUGCACCGGCCGUCCGUCCGCUCGGUGCUGCAGGGCCUCCUCAGGAAGCGCCUCCUGCCCGCGGAGCACUGUAUCACCAAGAUAAAACGCAACUUCAGCAGCGGCACCGUCCCCGGCACCCCUGGGCCCAACGGUGAGGACGGGGUGGAGCAGACAGCCAUCAAGGUGUCCCUCAGGUGCCCCAUCACAUUCCGCAGGAUCCAGCUCCCCGCCCGAGGCCAUGACUGUCGCCACAUACAGUGUUUCGAUCUGGAGUCCUACCUGCAGCUCAACUGUGAGCGGGGGACCUGGCGGUGCCCUGUGUGCAACAAGACAGCGCUGCUGGAGGGCCUGCAGGUGGACCAGUAUGUGCUGGGCGUCCUCGUUCACAUUCAGAAUUCUGACUACGAGGAGAUCACCAUCGACCCCACGUGUAGCUGGAAGCCGGUGCCCGUAAAGCCCGACGUUCACGUCAAGGAAGAGCCGGACGGGCCAGUGCUGAAGCGCUGUCGCACCGUGAGCCCCGCACAUAUGCUCAUGCCCAGCGUGAUGGAGAUGAUAGCAGCCCUGGGCCCCGCCGCUGCCCCCUUCGCCCCCCUGCAGCCACCCUCGGCCCCGGCCCCAGCCCCUGGUGACUACCCCGGCCAGGGUUCCAGCUUCCUGGGACCCGGGACCUUCCCUGAGUCCUUCCCGCCUGCCACGCCCAGCACCCCGGCCCUUCCUGAGUUCACCCCAGGGCCACCCCCCAGCUCCUACCAGUCCGACAUUCCUAGCAGCCUCCUGACACCUGAGAAGUCUGUUCCCUGCCUCCCAGGCCAGAUGCCGCCAGCGGGUCACCUGGACCCUGCCCACAACCCAGGGGCUCCAGGGCUGCUCGCCUCCAGCCUUGGAGGGGCCCCAGGGCCCCAGCUGCACCAUCCAAACCCUCCCCCAGCAUCCCGGCAGCCCCUGGGCCCAGUGAGCUCAGGCCCCAUCGGCGAGUUGGCCUUCAGCACUGCCACAGGCGUGAUGGGGCCCCCCAUGUCUGGGGCGGGGGAGGCCCCGGAACCAGCCCUGGACCUGCUCCCAGAACUGAACAACCCCGAAGAACUGCUGUCCUACCUUGGCCCACCUGACCUUCCCACAAACAGCAAUGAUGACCUUCUCUCUCUCUUCGAGAACAACUGA